UGUAGCACCAGCAGCACCAUGCAGCAGCAGCAGCAGGACGACGACGGCCCGCUCUCGAACCCGAUCAAGACGCGCGUUGGUAGCCCCGAGCCGGCGCCUGGGCGCAAGAGCUCCAUCGCGCGCGACCCCAAGCACUCGCUCGCCGACGCCACGUGCUUGAUCCUGUACACGGGCGGGACCUUUGGCAUGGCGCCCGACGUCGCCGGCGUCCUCCACCCCAAGAGCGGCUUUCUCGAGAAGAAGGUGCGCGAGAUGGACGAGUUCAAGUUUGGUGGCAUGCCCAAGGUCACGAUCAUCGAAUGGGCCGAGCCGAUCGACUCGUCCGACAUGACGCCGACCGACUGGAGCAAGAUCGCAUCGACGAUCGAAGAGCACUACUGGGACUACGACGGGUUUGUCGUCUUGCAGGGCACGGACACGAUGGCUUACACCGCGUCCGCGCUCUCGUUCAUGCUCGAGAGCCUUGGCAAGCCGGUUGUCGUCGCAGGCGCCAUGAUUCCGCUUCACUUUCCCCACAGUGAUGCGCGACGGAACCUCAUCAUGUCGGUCAUUUGCGCCGCGACGCUGGACAUCCCCGAGGUGUGCAUCUACUCGAACGACAAGCUUCUGCGUGGGAACCGCACGACCAAGAUCGCCAACAUGUCGGUCGACGCGUUCCAUUCCCCCAACUUUCCCUUCUUGGCGUCGACCGGCGUCGAGACGGCGAUCGAGCACGGCCUCAUCCUUCCGUACCCGCGCCGCCGCUUUAGCGUCUUUACGAACCUCCACACCAACAUUUGCGUCUUCCAUCUCGUGCCCGGCUUUGACGAUGACUGCAUCACGGCCUACAUUGAGCGCCACAACCGAGAGGCCAACCCGUCGAGCAACCCCAAGGCCAUGGUCUUUGCUCUCUAUGGCACGGGCAACGCGCCGCUCAAGAAGGACGGCUUCUUGAGCGUGGUUCAGAACGCGCUCAACUCGGAGAUUGCGGUCGUUGUCACGACGCAGUGUCUGCACGGCCGAACACAAUUGGAUACGUAUGCGACCGGCGUCAAGCUGCUCGAGAUGGGCGUCAUCACGUCGUACGACAUGACGAUCGAGAGCUGCGUCUCCAAGCUCGCGUACCUCAUGGGGAAGGCUUCCGCGGCAUCGGCCUCAAGGAAAAGAUGGAAACGGACCUCCGUGGCGAGCUCUCGGUCGUCGACCACGCGAGCGAGGAUCUGAGCCGGAACCAGUCGAGCAAUCGCAAGACGGUCAAGAAGCUCCUCGGCCAUUAGACAUGAUGAUAUUGCAUCUUCAUCCAUGCGUCCACUUGUUGUCCUCCGA